GGGACGAGGCCGAGGUGUCACGGCCCAGACGUGGCAGGCACAGCCCGGCGGCGGCGCGGCCCCGUUCCAGGUGCCCUGCGGGGGCACGGCCGUGGGCGAUUUACACUCGGCGGGCACUGACCGCCGAGCCCCUCGCUCACACAGGCACCCGUGGCCUCUACAAAUCCGUAACGAGCCCCUGGUACGCCGCUCCCAGCGUCUGCCGUGGGCUAUUUCAGGCUGUGCUGCCCUAAAUCCAUAGGCCUGUAACGCAGAAAUGACUCACGGAUUUUAAAGAGGAAUGCUACCAGAAAGGGCCAGCAUUUCCAGUGUCCUCAGAAGACCUCAAGGAAGUGUUCCAAGUGCUUAUUCAAGCAGCAUCGGCAGAGGAUUGUUGCUGCAGCUGAUACUCCAUGCUGCCCCGCCAUGUGCAGAGGCUGGGCAGAGACUGGAUCACCCACUGGAAUGGCUCCCAGAUACUGGCCUUGAACAGCCCAGUUUCCAGCUGUAUGAGAUGGGCCGGACACUAUCCUCCCUGGGCCUCAUUUCCACUCCCUAUUUCAGCUGAUUUUUCAGCAAACUGGAGAUUCCCUCCAUUUUUUGGACCUUGGAGACAAUUUCAGAACUCUAAUUGGCACCUUGAUAACUACACACAAAGUUGUUGCUUUCACCUACCCAGCCCCAGUAUGAAAUCUGAGGGAGAAGAACCAUUGACAAAGAAGAGACGACUCAGUGACCAGGAUGAUACUUCAACUCCUGAACAACAUACAAACUUGUGUAAUCAGAAGGAAGUAUCUGGCCUUUCUGUAGCACAGAAUGAAGAAAAAUGUAGCAGCAAGAAAGGAACCAUCAAAAGACACUGGGAAUAUUUCUGUCAGCAGAGUAAAACAAUGAAAAUUGCUAAAAAUAAAGGAUCUGACCGAAACAGUACAGGAAGUGAGGCAACAUUUGAUUUUACUGUCAUGUCCUACAAUAUUCUCUCACAGAAUUUGUUGGAGGACAACUCUCACCUGUACAAACACUGCAGGCAGCGACUGCUAUUCUGGACAUACAGAUUUCCCAACAUCCUGCAAGAAAUCAAAGAGCUGGAUGCAGAUGUGCUCUGCUUACAGGAAGUCCAAGAAGACCACUAUAGAACAGAGAUCAAGUCAAGUUUGGAAUCCCUGGGUAUGAUGAAACUCUCAGGACCAAUACAUUGUCUUCUCCCCUGCAGGGGAUAUCACUGUGAGUAUAAAAUGAGGACAGGCAGAAAGCCUGAUGGCUGUGCCAUUUGCUUCAAAACUUCCAAAUUUAGCCUGAUUUCCUCAAACCCAGUGGAAUUUUUUCGCCGUGAUAUCCCACUCUUGGACAGGGACAACGUUGGACUGGUGUUGCUGCUGCAGCCCAGAUUUCACUGUAAAGCCAAUACUGCCAUCUGUAUUGCCAAUACACACCUGCUGUACAACCCAAGGAGAGGGGACAUCAAACUGACCCAGCUUGCAAUGCUCCUGGCAGAGAUUGCCAGUGUUGCCCCUCAGAAGGAUGGCUGUUUCUGCCCAAUUAUCAUCUGUGGGGACUUCAAUUCUGUUCCUGGCUCUCCAUUGUACAGAUUUAUAAAGGAAGGAAAGUUAAAUUACGAAGGACUUGCUAUAGGAAAGGUCUCUGGACAAGAACAGUUUCCAAGGGGACAAAGAAUCUUAUCUAUUCCAAUUUGGCCAAAAAAAUUAGGUAUUUCACAAAACUGUGUAUAUGAAAUAAAACAGCAACAAAAGGAAGAAAAUGCAGGAGAAAAAUUGGAAGCAGAAAACCCAGACAACACUCAGGAGAUUGUAAUAGCAUCUGAAAAGUUGUCUUCAAAAUUGCGGCACCAUUUUAAAUUGUCUUCAGUGUAUUCUCAUUACUUCCCUGAAACUGGGAUACCAGAAGUGACAACUUGUCAUUCCCGAAGUGCUGUCACUGUGGAUUAUAUUUUCUAUUCUGCAGCAAAUGAUGAUACUGCUGACCAGCCAGGAGCAGAGGAUUCUUUUUGUGGAGGUCUGAAACUUCUUGGCAGGCUGGCACUUCUAACAGAGAAAGAUCUUUGGACUGUUAAUGGUCUUCCCAAUGAAAAGAACUCUUCUGACCACCUGCCACUGCUAGCAGAGUUCAGGCUUAUUGAACGGUAAUAUCCAAAGGACUUGUGGUGUAGGUAAAGUUCCCUUCACCUUCUCUCUCUUGGGAUGAUUAUUAUUUUUUUAAAAGGUUCAUUCAAGCACUGCUGGUCCGGUUUAAAUAAGUGUUCCUGCAUGCUGAUUUAUUAGUGUUGUGUAAAGUAGACUUUCUAAAGGGACUUCCUUUUUUUUAAAAAAAAUGUUUAAUUUACUUUAUGAAGUCUUUUAGGGAGAAAAAGGAUUUUACAUUAGCUUCCUCUUUGAUAAAGGAAAACAUCUGUGCCAGACUCCAAUGGCAUUAUUUUUAAUUAAUACAUUGUAAAUGAUUUUUAUUGUAAAUCACAGUAAAAAGGACUAUUCUGAGAACUGUGUGUUUCCUCAAGCAAAGGGAAUGUGUUUGUGUGCCUGCAGCAUUUUAUAAUGAAUUGACAAUAAUGUUUUACUACAAAGGUGCUUUGUGGACACUUCUAUCUUAAUACUCCUGCAAAGGAAUUUACUCAGUGUUGUCAGUGCAGAGGCUGCAAGAUUGAACUUUCAAAGGAAGAAAGGCAUAUAGGCAAAUACUUAUUCUUUAUUUGCUUAAAAUUCUAAGGGCUUAUAUAUAGGUAGCAUUCACUGAAAUCUUUUUUAAAAUAAAGAAAUCUUUUUUCUGAAAUAAAGCUAAGCUUAAUGAGCACACCACAUCACAGGAAACUUUACUGAUCUAUGCAGGAGCGAAAAAAAUAGCCCUUGACAUCUUGAAGUUUCAUACAUAUUGAACAACUGGUGACAGGGUGGGGUUUUUUUUUCCAUUGAGUUAUUUAAAAGCCCAGGUUCUGUCUUAAAAUGACAGAUCCUGAGGUUAUUAAAUUAUCAUGGUUUUAUAUUUACUCUUACUAUGCACUCAUAAACAUUCUGUAUAAAAUACAAUUUACAAAGUAAUUAAAAACCACCAGGCUGCCUGAAUAGGAAAUGUAGAUGGGGCUGGAAACAAAUCUUGUAACUUGAUCAAACGACACAUGGAUGUGUAUGUUGAACCAACUUGGAAGUAACAGAAUUGUCUUUCAGUGUAGUGCUGGAAAACCUGCACCCAUUCAGACACAUUUGUCUCCCAGAAGCACUUGUGGAAUUUUCAUCUGUGUUGCCUUUCCCAGACUGCAGACAACUGCCAUUAAAGAAGCUCCUCAGUCCAUUACAAAAUAUAAGCACCUGCCAAAACAUUCAGCUUACAUUGCUGCAAAUUUGAUUUUUGUCAUAGGUAGUUGUAAUUGAACACAGUAGUUGUAACUUUCUUCCACCUAUUAACAGUGAGGUUGAUGCUGAGGAUGACAACCUGUUUGAUCCUGGCUGCUGGCUGGUUUCAAGCAUCUGAGUAAUCUCAUAGAUGCCAGCAUACUUAGAUACAGGCAGCAAAUUUCUGGGUACACCCUCAUUACAGCUAACCCUUUGUAGCAACCCUUGUUAAGAGCAAAAACAAAAAAAAACCUACACGAGUCAUAAAAAAAACACUACCAUGAUACUUUUAUUGAAGUUUCAUGCUGUGCAUAUACAAGUGAUGAGAAAAAGCCCAAAAAGUCAUGCAUGUUUUUCUAUACUAUUUGACCACUUUGCUGUCACUUGAACCACACUUAAGACAAAUGCCAUCAUAAGCAAGUUUCAAGAGAAUAUUUUAGCAGAACUUUAAACAAGGACUAAAAGCAAUUUGUCAACACACCUCUACAGCAUUAAAAAGCUUCAGUAUCAGUUAAGAGAAAAUAAAGUGUGCUGGACAAGGAUAGAAACUAUAUACAACCAUUAUUUGAGCUGAAGUAAACCAUAGUUUCAUAGAAAAAAGUUGCAACAUACCAGAUAACAUUGUGCUAUAAGAUUCAGCUCAUAAAAAGUUUUCCCACAUAAUUUUACCCAUGAGAAGUCAUUUUAAAAAAUUAUUUAGGUCACAAGACACUGGGCAGCACAAAGUUUGAAACCAAAACUCUGCAGCUGAUGUCAAAUUACAGAAGAAUUUCUACCAAAAGAGUAUUUCCCUCUCUUCAGCUUCACUCCUUUAUAAAAAAAAAUCCUUACUGUGAACACAGGAGUGGAAAAGUUUAGAGAAGGAGGGAUGGGAAAGGCCCUCCUGUUACUGAUAUGGUAAACUUGGAUAAAGAGGGGUCACACUUUCAAAAAGUUUUCUUUCUAGAGCUUCUGAAGUCUUAAUUAGUAGAAAGCCUUUCAUUGGCUGUAGAAAGUUGCUGGGUCUUGGCUUUUUCUUCCUGUCCUAGGCAAGUGAAAUUCAGUUUUUUUGAGCAAUGAGGUCUGUGAACAAGCAAUUCAUUCCUUCUAUAUUCAUUCAUUUUUCUGGCUGAUGGAAAUGUUCUAGGAGCUUGAAUCAUUCCAUUUGAAUAAGCAUUACUGUCAGUCUGUAACAGCAUCCAUCUUCA